UCCAAUCAGACCCCCAUAUAUUUCUUUCUUCAUCGCUAAGAUUCAUUUCCAGAGCACCCCCCUUUUUAAUUCCUAUUUUUAAUGAAUCAUCGGGCACCCCACCCAAGAAAUAUGCUUCACCGGAGCUUCAAGCCAGCCAAAUGCAAGACAGCUUUAAAGCUAGCGAUACCGCGAAUAAAGCUAAUGAAGAACAAGAGAGAAGCACAGGUUCAGCACUUAAAGAGGGAAUUAGCCCAGUUACUGGAGUCGGGAAAAGAUCAAACGGCCAGAAUUCGGGUGGAGCAUGUUGUCAGAGAAGAAAAGACUGUGGCAGCGUAUAAUCUUCUCGAGAUAUACUGUGAACUUAUUGUGGCGCGCAUGCCGAUUAUCGAAUCACAAAAAAACUGCCCCAUCGAUUUGAAGGAAGCAAUAUCAAGUGUCGUAUUUGCAUCUGCAAGGUGUGAAGAAAUACCAGAACUCAAGGAUGUCUCCAAACAUUUCACCGCAAAAUAUGGAAAGGAAUUUACUUCUUCUGCGCUUGAACUGCGUCCUAAUUGUGGUGUUGGUCGCAUGUUGAUUGAAAAGCUAUCUGCUAAUGCACCUGAUGGUCCAACCAAACUCAAAAUUUUGACUGCAAUUGCUGAGGAGCAUAAGAUCAACUGGAAUCCUGAAUCAUUUGGAGCUAAAGAAUCAAAGAUUUAUGAUGACAUGCUGAAUGGACCAGAUACUAAUAUAGAGGCUACCAAAAUUUCGGUAGAUCCUCCAAUUAUCCAAGCUUCACCCAGUCUUGAGCAGAGACCUCCAGGUGUUCAACUUCCUAAUAAUAUUAAGGGGCCACCUCAUGUUCAAAACUCAAAACACAUUGGAAAAAGUGAUGCACCAGAAAAUUUCUAUGAGCACAACUCAAGAUCAUCUCUUCAUCCUAAUAGUUCUGAUUAUUCAAAUACUAGUAGAACUAAUUCGAUGUCCUCUGGACCUUAUCCACCAAAUUCAAAACCUGGAACUGAAAAUCAAGGGAUGGAAUUUAGGAAUUCAUAUUCUGGGAAUGAGAGACCUUCCUCUUUACCAAGGCAACAUCGGGAAAUGGAAUUUAAAGAUGCCACUGCUGCUGCUCAGGCAGCUGCAGAAUCUGCAGAGCUAGCAAGUAUGGCUGCCCGAGCUGCUGCUGAACUUUCAAGCCAGGGAAAUAUCUCCCGGCAGUAUCCAAUGGAGUCAAGCAUAUCAUCUUACCAUGGUAUGAAAGAUGAGGAACUGCAAAAGUAUACUGGCUCAUCAUCUCAAAAUGAACAUCAUACCAGACAUCCGGUUAACAAUUCCCGUCGUGGAAGGAAUUCUGGGGAUUAUGAACAAACUGACAAGCAUGAACAGCAAAACCAGGAAGGAGAGGCUGAAAAUGUUUAUAGUAAUGUUGCAAGGAGUGGUGAUAAAUCCACUCACGGUUCCUUUAAGUCUACUGCAGCUUCCUUCAAUGAGGAAGCAUCAGUGAAUAAUGAAAUUGCAGAUGCUCGUUCUCAAAUGAGCAUGUCUGAUGGCAGGCAGAUGGAGCAUUUUGCUGAACCGGGUGUGAAUAGAAGAAGCUCAGGAAAGAAUAGGAUGCAAUUUGUGAAUGAACUGCAUGAUAUUAAGAAUCCUCAGAAUCUUGAUCAUCAUGAAGUCGGGGUCAGAGAACAAUCAAGCUAUCACCCUUCUCAUUCUCAAUCAAACACGUUUACUGAUGAUCAUGAUGUUGUCUCCAAUUUAAAUUGGCAGAAAUUAGAAAUUGACAAGAGAAAGUCAGGUGAAAGGAGAAUGCAAUUAGAGAAUGAGAAUGACACAAGGAAUUCUUAUGAUGAUCAUGAUGUUGUAUCAAAUUUAAACCAUCAGAAGUCUGCAAAUGAUUCUGGUGAGGAUUUAUUUCUUCUCAAUGAUGAAGGAAGCCAUCCAAGAAGCACGAAAGAAACAACAGAUUCUUUUGACAAUGCCCCAGCAGUUUUCGAUGAAUAUGAAGAUAAUUUUGGUUCGGAGGAAGUGAAUAAAGUACAUGAAUACAACAUGAAUUCUCCUUCUCCAGGUCGAAGAUCACCUACUCAUCCAUUUACAACUACAAAUUCUUGGAGCAUUGAGCAGAACAUAAGAUCACCUGAAAAAUCUAUUUCAAAAUUACAUAUUUUCUCAGAGGAGCGGCCUACUCCUGCUUUCUUUGAAAGUUUAACUAGCUCUUCAAUUCUUUCUAACGUGAAUGACUUGCCUGCAACUUUUGAUGAUUUGCCUGCAACUUUUGAUGAUUAUGGCCCUAGUUCAGAAAGUGAAGAAGAGCUAGACAAAUCUAAGUAUGUCAAGAGUAGCAAUCCUAGUCUGGAUAGUGGUAAACAGAAUACGGAUUCCUACAAGGUUGAAAGCAGUAGUUUCACUCCACGGUUGGCUGAAGGCAUUGAAGAUACUGAACAUUCUAACGAGUCUAGUCUGGAAGAAAGUAAGGAAUUGAAAUUUGGGGACUUGACAGGUGGCCUUCGAAAUAAGGGUUAUAGGUAUCCACCAUUUUCAAAAAUUCCACGAGACGAUGUGUUUGGAGAAGCAGCCAGUGAUACAUCAACUAGAAUUAAGCAAUCUUCCUCAUCCACAGCAGUGGAAACUUCGGUUAACUCUGGAUCUUACAAUCAAGAGCCAUACAGUAGGAAGGGGAACGAUGAAGUGAGUAGAAAACUCGGGACAAGACCAUCAGUUAAUAAGGUUGACUCUAGUGAUGAUGGUCCUGAGAAUGAACAACCAAAAGAGACUUUUAAUAGCAUUGAAGGCCAAUCCAACAAAAUUCCAAGUUUUGAAGAAAAUAAAAAAUCAAGCUUAAGGGCCUCUUCCCCAUAUUUUGAUUCUGGAAAUAGUGAUCCUGACGAAGAUCUUCCUAAAACCAGUUUAAAGGCUCAUUCAUACACAAGUUUAUCUCGAAGGACAAAGGCCUCUCUUUCAAAUUCACAGAGAAGUUCCAAUCGCAGAACUACAGUUUCCUCCGAGCCAGCAGUAGCGUCUGACCAUGGCAAGGAGAAGAAUUUUACCUCUAGGAGUACUGAUGCUAAUGAAGCUAUUCCAAAGAGACAGCCUCAAAAAAAGAACUCAGAUCACCUGGAAAGUUCUCAGCAUUCUCGGUUGGCACCUCAACCACCUUCAAGGCCAUUUUCAGAGGCCAAAGGCUCUUCGGUUGGUGGAACUUUGAAGUCAUCAGAAAAGGAACAACAGUCUGCUCCUGUCUGGAAGAGUACAACAUCAGGUGGUGCCAAAAGUUUGAAGGCUAAAACUUCAGUUUCUGAGGACUUAGAUCACCAGGAAAGUUCCCAACAUUCUCGGUUGGUUCCUCAACCUCCUUCAAAGCCAUUUUCGGAGUCCAAAGGCUCUUCAGUUGGUGGAACUUUGAAGUCAUCAGAAAAGGAACAACAGCCUGCUCCUGUCUGGAAGAGUACAACAUCAGGUGGUGCCAAAAGUUCAAAGGCUAGAAAUUCAGUUGGGGAGGGAUCAUCCAAGGAGAGUGUUAUUCAUGUUCAUCCGAAGCUACCCGAUUAUGAUACCUUGGCCGCACACAUGAAUUCUCUCAGACAGAAUCGCUAG